ACAUUCAUUAUUUUUUGGGGAUGUUCUCGGUUGUAGUAUAUAGUUCCUCUCAGUUUUCCCCACAAUGGCCAUCUAAAAGAGGGUGUGACCUGUCUGUGCGUGUCCUGGAAUGAUAUGGUAAAGGGUAGGGCUGAUGGGUACAUGUGAUAACACAAGCUGCUAGUUUUGCUUUCAGCGUUAAAUAUGUUGUGGCCUUCUGGUUGCCACGUACUCUGAGUGUGUGUUUUGUUUUUUCUUUAUGUGAUAACUAGGCUAAUUUUGGGAUUAAACAGUUGAUGCCUAUAGAACUUUUUAGCAGUCCAUCCCUUUUAUCACCUCAAUAUCAGACCAGAAGAAAUAGGACUUAGACCACAUGCAAUAACAUGGCCAAAACCUUUAAACAACAGUGAUUCUAGAUCUAGUUCAAACAUUUUGGGGGUGCUGAGAUGAUGACCGCUGCCUCUCUUUUUCCAAUUCUCUUAUUUUAUUGGUGUGCACAAGACAAAUGAAUGGUUGAAGAGGCAGUUUAUUUAAUCUCAGUGUUCUCUCUAAAGUAAUUUUGUGAUUAAAAACACUCCAAUCACUUAAAUCUACCCAGAUACCAGGCAGAUCCAUUUCCGCUGACUCUUGGAUGAUUAUUUUAGUUAUAAUCACUCACCAAAUGUUAUUGAAAUGUGCCAGCACAACUGGAUGUACCACAGCUUGGACCUUAAAACAGAAGCCAGGUUAUACUAUUUUUGCAUAAGAGCAAGCAAAGAUUUUUAAAUGUUUUGUAUUUUGUAUAUUUAGUAUUUUUAUUUACAUUUACUCAUCUCCAAAGCAACAUACAUUGUAUAUUUUUAUCAGCAUUUGUGCUCCCUGGGUAUUUAACCCAUGACUGUGGUGUUCAGGGCACCUGGCUACCAGUUCAGCUAAAGAAAUGCAAUAGUACAUUUUUAUGCUCCAUUUCAACUAUUUUACAAGCAGAGUUUUUGUGUGUGUGUGUGAGUCACAGAGGUGGACCUCUGCAACAUAGCUUGCCUAAUCUCUGUUUAGUUCAUUGGAACUUCUCUUAUCCUCCUGUAGAAAAAAGGGGCACUAUCAUUGUCCGGAUGCACAACCAACCACGCGUGUAUGUGGUUAACUGAGUCUUGCAAAUAGGCCUAGGUCUGCAUCAAAACAGGAAGUGUUCGUCUUUCAGAUUAGACAGUUUGCAGCUUCUGUUCAUUGCUUGGUGGAUGCACUCUGUGAAGGGGUUAGUCCAUGGCUCAGGGGAAAGAUCAGAACUUUGCCCAGUUGGUGGGUACUAACACUGCUCUACAAAAGCUAGAUGUGUUAGCCAACCGCUUUUUUAAGUACCGGAAGGGAACCCAAGAGCAAAAAACACAAGAAAAUGAAGGACAUACUUUCUCAGAGUACACCGUGAGUUGGGACAAAGAAAAACUGUUUGUGAAAGAGUUCUUAGCCAAAGCCAAAGAAGACUUUUUAAAGAAAUGGGAAUGUCCACCCCAGAGCACAACGCGACUCGAUGACUUUGACAGACUGAAGACUCUUGGCACAGGCUCGUUCGGACGUGUGAUGUUGGUGAAGCACCGUGCAACAGACAAGUACUAUGCAAUGAAGAUCCUGGAUAAGCAGAAAGUGGUCAAGUUGAAACAGAUAGAGCACACCUUAAAUGAAAAGAAAAUAUUGCAAGCUGUGUCCUUCCCAUUUCUUGUAAGACUGGAGUAUUCCUUCAAGGACAACUCCAACUUGUACAUGGUAAUGGAGUAUGUUCCGGGGGGAGAAAUGUUCUCACACUUGAGGCGAAUCGGGAGGUUCAGUGAACAUCAUGCCAGGUUUUAUGCAGCACAGAUAGUACUCACGUUUGAGUACCUCCACUCGUUAGACCUCAUCUAUAGAGACCUGAAACCUGAAAAUCUUCUCAUUGACCAACAAGGAUACAUCCAGGUCACAGACUUUGGCUUUGCCAAAAGAGUAAAAGGCAGAACAUGGACCUUGUGUGGAACACCAGAGUACCUAGCCCCAGAAAUAAUCCUUAGCAAGGGCUACAAUAAAGCUGUAGACUGGUGGGCAUUGGGUGUUCUGAUCUAUGAAAUGGCGGCAGGAUACCCACCCUUCUUUGCAGACCAGCCCAUACAGAUCUAUGAGAAAAUCGUGUCUGGCAAGGUACGAUUUCCAUCCCACUUCAGUUCAGACUUGAAGGACCUGCUUAGGAACCUGCUUCAGGUGGACCUAACGAAGCGCUUUGGAAACCUGAAAAAUGGAGUCAAUGACAUCAAAAACCACAAGUGGUUUGCAACAACUGAUUGGAUCGCCAUCUAUGAGAGGAAGGUGGAAGCCCCGAUCAUACCAAAGUGCCGAGGACCAGGGGACACCAGCAACUUCGAUGACUAUGAGGAAGAGGACGUUCGUGUAUCGGAUACUGAAAAGUGUGCGAAGGAAUUCCUUGAAUUUUAAAAUGUAAGAAUGAGCAGGACUCCAUUGGAAACUCAUACAAUUUGAGGUAUUUUUAUUUGUUUUACUUUGUUUUAUGUUAGUUUAUUUUUUUUAUGUCAAGAUCAAGUUGAGACCAUCAUAUGUGUUCAAACGUAUGCCUACUUCCUUCCUUCCUUCAUUCCAUAAGGCUGAAUGAGAUCCUUAAUGCCAAGAUCUUUCUAUGGAUUUUGCACAGCCUUAUAUCCAGGCAUAUUACGGAGAAGCUGACCUGGCUGCAACAAAACCUUUUGUAUUGUUUUGUUCAUAGUCAUACUGUGUAGUAUUAUCCACCCUUAAAGAAGAAAUAAGUCACUGAAAUAGUUGACAUUGAAUCUGUGAACCACUCCGAUGAAAUAACACAAAUAUGGCUUUCUGUUUUUGAAAGAACCUCUUCAUUUACAGAAUGGUGUUGUACAUUUUUGAAGGGCAGCAUCGAUUGCCUGUUACGUAGUAGUACAUGUUUUUUUUUUUUUUUGCACUUGUUACAGGACCACCUGUCAUAUUAUCUUUAUUAUCAUUUUGCACUUUAUGUUUGUGUGGAUGUGGAUGGGUGUGUCUGUUGUAGCGGUGUGAAUUAUUAGAAGGUCCACAGUUCAUUAGUCACAAUACUUGAGCCAUUCUACCAUUCUACUGGGCAUUUAAAAGAUGGGAUUUAUCAUGAUUUAUUAACUUAUUCAAUCAAAGUACUCUCCUGUUUUUUUUUUUAAAUAUUUUUUUAAGCUAAUAAUAUUCACUCUGUUUAUGAUUUUAUAAUCAUUCUGUUACUACUAUCAGCAGGUUCAAUGCACAUUUAAAACAAUCAUAAUGAGCUAGGAGAGACUGUAACUAAGCAUCUGUAUAAUACAAAAGCGUUUGCGAUAAUAUAUCGUAUUACUUUUUCCCUUCACCCCAAAGGUCUGUGUUUAUGUCUGUGGUGUGACUGUAAAAAAUACCAUGAGUGUAGAUAAUGACCAAAAGUGAAAAAUAAUUGUAAUACACUUAACUGAAGGAGAACUCGGUCACUGACUGCUCAUUUUAUUUUUUACCCGUUUCCUGAUGUAUUUCACUUCUCAAGCACUGUACAGAAACAACCCCCCUUACAGACCAGAAUCAUAUCAAUGAGAUAAUGUGUACAUGUACUUCUCCUGUCAUCCACAGGGUGGCAUUUUUCAAAGCAGACAUACUCAUUAGCUACGAUAAGACCUCGUAGUGCAAAAUGGACUUUUAUUUUGACAAGACUGUCAAAAUGGCCAUUUAAAGUCUCUUAGUUUUCUCCAAAGAUGUUUGGGGCUUGUUAUAUAUGUAUGUACAAUAUGUGGUAGAGCAGAUAUGGCACACACACACACACCUGUCCUGUUCUUCUUCCAACUGCAACCUUAUGUACUUAAAGACAUUUAACUCAAUUAAACUCACAUAGCUGAGUUUUGAUUUUGAUUUUUAGUCUAUUAAUGUUGAUUCAUUUCACAUUUUAAAUGUUUAUUGAUAUCUAAUAAAUGUACAUUUUUGCAGUCAUGAUGUAUUUAUUUUAACCUUGAAGCUGUUUACUUGCAGCAUUGAAAGAUAAUAAGUAUGAUGUCAGUGAUCAUCAGAGAAAUGCAAGGUUUUUUAUUCAUUUCAAAUGCCUAUUUUCAAUUUCAAUUCAAUGACUCACCUCUGUAUUUAAGUAAUACACCCUGGUAACCAAGCAUUGUCUCCAAAAACUAUUCUCAUGACCCUCUUCAUUGCUUUGUUCUAUCUCAUGAAAUGGCCUCUGGUAGAAACUGAUCGAUUUGUUUUUGUAGAAACUUGAACUGAACCCGGGACUGGGUUCUCAAAGUGCUUGUGAACAUCAUAACCCACCAGCAUCUGCUAUUGGGGGGGGGGGGGGGCUCUAGUGUUUCUCAGAGUGUUUUGGGUACAUCUUGAGAUGCCAUUGGUACUGUGUGGUCAUGAAAGUGGGUUUUCAGUGUUUCAGUUGCCAUGUUAUUGUUCAAUGCUCCAAACUAUCAAACAAAAAAUUGAUGACCAUUCAAGAUGAACAAAAUUGCAGUGUAUUCCAUUUACUUUUGUGAGUGACUGAUUUGUGUUUUUGGAAUAAAUCAUGUAGUUACAGGGAAUCUGAGACUAAAAUGUGUGGUCUGUUGCAAUGGCUUGUCAUCUGUCACACACUGUAAACCCACAUUACCUUUAUUUCUCAUAGGCCUACAUGAUUCCUCCUUAUGUGAAUUUUCCCAAUAAAAACACAGAUGUCAAAACCA